GAGUGUAUUCAUCCGGCAAUCAACAAUAUCUACCUUGGACACAUGUGCACUACUCACUCGAGUUCCAGGCGCUUCUGGGCCACCGGUAGCCUGGUUGCAUCAAGAUGGCUUGCAUUGAGGACCUCAACGAGGACUGCCUGCUUAAAAUUACAGAGUACCUGAACCUGGAGGAGCAACUGCAGCUGUGGCGGAGCAGCGAGCCCACAUCCCGCCUGCGAUCGGUGCUCUCGUACACAUGGCAGCAUCAGACCCAUCACAUUGUGGACCCCGAAACCUUCGGGCGAAUUGGCCGGGAUGUCAUCCAGGAAUUCCUGCAGUGCAUCCGCAGCACGGUGACGAAGCUCACACUGCAGUACCUGGCCAUGGAUCUCCUCGAGCAGUGGAAGCCCCACACGUUUCCCAAUGUGAGCGAGCUGACCUACAUGGGCGAUGAAAACAGUGAGAUGGAUGGGGACUCCGACAUCGCGAUUCUGGUGGGCUGCUUUCCGCACCUGGAGGGCAUCGGGCUGAGCGGAAACGCCAGUGGCCAGCACAUUGGCCAGUGGCGGAACCUUCGCCGCCUGGACCUCCAGCUGUGCUGGUACCUCAGCACGCAGUGUUUCGAGGAAAUCUGCCAGAAUCUGCAACUAACCCUGCAGACCCUGAGCAUCCAGUGGCACAGAGCGGAGGAGGAUGCCUAUGUGCGGGCCAUCUGCACGCUGCAGGCACUGGAGGAGCUGGAACUGGACAUAGUCCACCUCGGAACGGAAAACACCGGCCGCCUGUUGCGUCUGCCCAAGCUGAAGAAGCUCCGACUGCACAACUUCGAGCAGCUGGACGACCUACUCAGGGACAUCGGGAGCCAACGGGGUGGGGAUGUGGUGGCAGCCGCUUUCAGCGACAACAUCUGGAUGACGCGCUCUGAGAUAUUGGCCAAGUUCCAGAGCCUCCGCUGCCUAACGCUCGUCGAUGAUGAGGGCUGUUGCGCCAUCGACUUCCGCACGACAGUGAUCAACUGUUUUCCUCUUUUGGAGCAACUGCAUCUGGAGAACUCCCGCAUCUGGCCAAAUGCCGACGGUAUAUGGGACGUAGUGCUCGCCUGUCCGCGGCUCAGGCUCUUCAGCCUGUCCAAUCAGGUUCUGUACGAUGACUUCUUUGCCUUCUCCAAGUCAACCAUGGAUCGGGCCUUGCACCAGCGGAUGGAGACUUUGACCAUGCAUUUCUACAGAACCGGCAAAGAGGCUUUGAUUUCCCAGCACUUUAGGCAUCCCAAUCUAAACAUUUGUUUCAAUCCCACAAAUAAUCUUUACUCACAAUUGUCUGGCGAAUCAAUGGAGCUGGAAUUUCUACUUCCCGAAUCGUCAGCCUCACAAAGUGCGUAAUUAGUUAAUUAAUUUGAAGGACCAACCACUGAUUAAAACCACUUCGACCUUUCCACAUAUUAUUCCGCUAACUGGAUUUUGAUGGCUGUUGAAUAUAUAUAAAUAACAUGUUUAUAUCAAGCAUUAACUGCUGAAACAAUAUAUUCGGAACUUUUGUAAAUUUUAUUUAUAAAUGGAAAUGUAAGAAUUUUGUUCAUUGUUCAUAUAUCACACUUGUACGUAAAAUAUGAAAGAUAACCCUUAACCAUGUUCACAUGGGCCCUUAGAAGCUAAAAAAAAAUAUUUAACAGAUUCGGGCAUUUAAUAUUGGUAUUAUAUUAUUAAAAAAAAACCUCUAAAACGUUAGACUAAGAAAA